UGUCCCCGUCCUCUGUAUUCCCGGGAUUCCACACAGUGCAAUAGAAUGGCGGCAUCCGAAGUUGUGUCAGAUAUGGCGGUGACCCAUUUCGACCACAUGGAGGUUCCUGGGCCUUCUAUGGAGGCAGCAUCAGCAGCAACAGAUUUCCCAUCCCCACCAUCAUCCAAAAAGCGGCGCAGGAGGGGGACACAAUCUGCAACCAGCAGGAAGCGUAACCUUACGUGGACUCACAUGGAGUCCCAGGUCCUUGUAAAGGAAACUCUUCCUUGCUGGAUGAAGCUGUGUGGCCCUCGCUCCAGGGAGACCAGUCCGGAGUGGAAGUGUGAGAAAUGGGAGGAGAUCUCCAAAAAAAUUGAAACAAUGUAUCGCCAUCUGCGUGACCCGACUGCCUGUCGGAAAAAAUUCUGCGACAUAAAACGUUCCAUUGCACGUAAACGCAGGCAGUCAGGGCGCAGAGGAAAGCAGGUGUCUCUCCUCCCCCAUGAGGCAGAGCUAUUAGCGGGGAUAGGGGAGGAUGAGAUCACCCAGCUCCUGGCUCAUCAAGAUCGUAUCAAGGCCCAGCGCCGCCGAAAGCGGAGGGCGGAGGAGCAGGAGUCCUCCACUUCAUCAUCAUGCAGUGUCAUCCAGUCAGAGGGAGAGGCGCAGGAGGAGGAGGCUGAGGCGGCAACGCCCACAUCUGCUGAGGCUGAGCAGGAGGUGGAGGAGAUCUGCCCUGUAGAGGCUGCUGGGGAUGCUCAAGAUGGUGUACAACAGGCAGACGCGUCAGAUCCAGGGAGUAAGUAGUAUACCUUUUUUUUGUAUUUUCCAGGCAAAUAUA